GCAGGCGGACUCCACAGCCCCGACCGCGACUCCCAGAGGCCCUGGCGCGCGCGAAGGCCCUAGUCGGCGUCCACAGCGUGUCACGUGGUCUCCGCGAAGGGUCACGUGACUGCCAUCACAGGUCACGUUGCUGCCGGCGCGGGUCACCAGACCAAACACCCGGGCGGUGGCGUUUCCUGGCCGGUGUGCCGUAGGCAGCCGGCCAUGGCCAACGUCUCCAAGAAGGUGUCGUGGUCAGGCCGCGACCGCGACGACGAGGAGGCAGCGCCGCUGCUUCGGAGGACGGCGCGGCCCGACGCGGGGACGCCGCUGCUGAAUGGGGCCGGGCCCGCAGCCGCGCGCCAGUCACCUCGUUCUGCAUUUUUCCAAAUCGGACAGAUGAGUAACAUGGAGCUGGAUGAUGAGCUUCUAGACCCGGAGAUGGAUCCUCCUCCUCCUUUCCCCAAAGAGAUUCCACACAAUGAGAAGCUCCUGUCCCUUAAGUAUGAGAGCUUAGACUAUGACAACAGUGAGAACCAGCUCUUCCUGGAGGAGGAGCGGCGGAUCAAUCACACGGCCUUCCGCACAGUGGAGAUCAAGCGCUGGGUUAUCUGUGCUCUCAUCGGGAUCCUCACGGGCCUUGUGGCCUGCUUCAUUGACAUCGUGGUGGAGAACCUGGCCGGCCUAAAGUACAGGGUCAUCAAGAACAAUGUCGACAAGUUCACUGAGAAGGGCGGACUUUCCUUCUCCCUCCUGCUCUGGGCAACGCUGAACUCUGCCUUUGUGCUCGUGGGGUCUGUGAUUGUGGCUUUCAUAGAGCCGGUAGCUGCUGGCAGUGGGAUCCCCCAGAUCAAGUGUUUCCUCAAUGGCGUGAAGGUCCCCCACGUGGUGCGGCUCAAGACGUUGGUGAUCAAAGUGUCUGGCGUGAUUCUGUCUGUGGUAGGGGGACUGGCCGUGGGAAAGGAAGGGCCAAUGAUCCACUCGGGGUCGGUGAUUGCUGCUGGGAUUUCCCAAGGAAGGUCGACAUCGCUGAAGCGCGAUUUCAAGAUCUUCGAGUAUUUCCGCAGAGACACAGAGAAGCGAGACUUUGUCUCAGCAGGUGCUGCAGCUGGCGUGUCGGCUGCAUUUGGAGCCCCUGUAGGUGGGGUCCUGUUCAGCUUAGAGGAAGGUGCCUCCUUCUGGAACCAGUUUCUCACAUGGAGGAUUUUCUUUGCUUCUAUGAUCUCUACCUUCACUCUGAAUUUCAUUCUGAGCAUUUACCAUGGGAACAUGUGGGACCUGUCCAGCCCAGGCCUCAUCAACUUCGGAAGGUUUGACUCAGAGAAAAUGGCGUACACAAUCCAUGAGAUCCCUGUCUUCAUUGCCAUGGGUGUGCUGGGUGGUGUUCUUGGAGCUGUGUUCAAUGCCUUGAAUUACUGGCUGACGAUGUUUCGAAUCAGGUACAUUCACCGGCCCUGCCUCCAGGUGAUAGAGGCCAUGCUGGUGGCUGCUGUCACGGCCACUGUUGCCUUUGUGCUGAUUUACUCAUCGAGGGAUUGCCAGCCCCUACGGGGGAGCUCCAUGUCCUACCCACUCCAGCUCUUCUGUGCAGAUGGCGAGUACAACUCCAUGGCCGCAGCCUUCUUCAACACCCCAGAAAAGAGUGUGGUGAGCCUUUUCCAUGACCCUCCAGGCUCCUAUAACCCACUGACCCUUGGCCUCUUCACCCUGGUCUACUUCUUCCUGGCCUGCUGGACCUAUGGGCUCACAGUGUCUGCGGGGGUCUUUAUCCCAUCGCUGCUCAUCGGGGCUGCCUGGGGCCGGCUCUUCGGCAUCUCCCUGUCCUACCUCACUGGAGCAGCAAUCUGGGCAGACCCUGGCAAGUAUGCCCUGAUGGGAGCAGCUGCCCAGCUUGGUGGGAUUGUGAGGAUGACCCUGAGCCUGACAGUCAUCAUGAUGGAGGCCACCAGUAAUGUGACAUAUGGCUUUCCCAUCAUGCUGGUGCUGAUGACCGCCAAAAUUGUGGGUGACGUCUUCAUCGAGGGCUUGUACGACAUGCACAUCCAGCUGCAGAGCGUGCCCUUCCUGCACUGGGAGGCCCCAGUCACCUCGCAUGCACUCACAGCCAGGGAGGUGAUGAGCACACCAGUGACCUGCCUGCGGAGGAGGGAGAAGGUGGGUGUCAUCGUGGAUGUGCUCAGUGACACGUCAUCUAACCACAAUGGGUUCCCAGUGGUGGACCACACGGAUGACACCCAGCCUGCCCGGCUCCAGGGCCUGAUCCUGCGCUCCCAGCUCAUUGUCCUCCUGAAACACAAGGUGUUUGUGGAGAGGUCCAACAUGGGCCUUGUGCAGCGGCGGCUGAGACUGAAGGACUUCCGCGAUGCCUACCCACGCUUCCCCCCAAUCCAGUCCAUACAUGUGUCCCAGGAUGAGCGCGAGUGCACCAUGGACCUCUCCGAGUUUAUGAACCCUUCCCCCUACACGGUGCCCCAGGAGGCAUCCCUACCUCGUGUAUUCAAGCUCUUCCGGGCCCUGGGCCUGCGGCAUCUGGUGGUAGUGGACAACCACAAUCAGGUUGUCGGGCUGGUGACCAGGAAGGACCUCGCCAGGUACCGUCUGGGGAAGGGCGGCUUGGAGGAGCUCUCACUGGCCCAAACAUGAGCCCUGCCCUACCCUUGGUGGGCAGUGGCACUGGCGCUUCAGCCCCUUUAGCCUCCCCUCAAGGUCACUGGUCUCUUGGUCAAAGCCUCACUUCCUGAGCAGCAGCAGGAGCAGGUGUACCCCAGACUUGGGGCUAGGCCAGCUGGCAAGUGAACAUAGCCCUGGUUGAGGGCAACUGGUUUACAUCCUCACCAUGUCCCCUGUACCUUGGCCCCGGACUUGGCUUUCUCCUGGGUUCUUAACUUCAGGGAUCAAAUGCGUGUGCGACACUCUUUCCGGCUGCUGGCUGAUUUAAGCCAGUGAGGGGCUGGCAUGUGGCUGUGCCUGGUGUCCCCAUGUGGGAGGCUUUGAGGCCUGGGAGCUGGCCUGGUCCCCAAGCUGUGGGCUUGGUCUGGUCUCCAGCAGGGAACUGACAGCCUAUGGCUGCCGGGCUUGAAUGACAGCCCCAGCUGGACUGGAAGCUCCAGAAUUUAAGGGGCAGGAUAGUCCCAGAGAGCAGCCUUGGUUGGACUCCAUGGGAGAGCCCCACAUGCACCCUCGUCUGUACCCUGACUUGGGUGAACACUGGUCUGGGUCUCAAGAGCUGAGAAGAAUCACUUAGGGCCGAGCCCCUGAAUCCAGCCACGUCUCCGUCAUCCAAGCCCUGCCCUUGGAGCUGGGGGUCCCCACACCUGCGUCUUGCUUCAACUUGGGAGAGCCUGCAGUCAGCGGCAACUCUCCCACCUGCCUGUGCCUACCACAGAGCAGGUGGCUCCGAAGGGAUGGUGAGCGCUGGUGCGUGCAGCCCGUGCAUCAUGGAACAGGUCUGUCAGAGCAGCCUAUGUCCUCUGCUAGACAGCACAUGGGGGCCCCUUGGUGUUCUCUUCUGAGGGAGGGCCCAAAAGCCGGCAGGCAGCCCUCUCUCACAGCCUUCCGUGGCUCCGGAGUGUGAGAAAAAAAGGAAUUGCACCAGUCAGCCAGUGCCACUCUCAUGUUCCUACCGAACCUGGGCUACAGUCCCACAGCCUAGGGUUUGGGGGUGGGGCUCUGCAAUCAGGCUAUCCUGUGAAUGGCAGUGGCUUCCCUAGAUGGCUGUAGCACCAGCCCCUGGCACUGCAGCCACCCCAGGGUCCCACAGGAAGGAGGUCUGAGGUAUGGUCUUGUGAGAAUGGCCCUUGCCUGGAGGACUGACCACCACGCCUGUCCUCUUCCUCUUUAUCCCCUUCCAUGGGGAUGAAGAGCCUUGUUCCUACCUUCCUAGCUCUGGGUCCCUUGUCUCCGCACCUGGGCAAGGGUGGGAAGGUUUCUUCCCAGAGAGCCCUGAAUCUACCUGAGGAGUUGGGCAUGGGGACUUCCCCACAGGGUCAAGCAUACCAGCUGGGCUGAAGCAAGAUGCCCCACACCAGGCCUCAGAGAUGUGGUACUAAAAAGCAUGUGCAAUGUCCCUUAACAAUUGUUUUGUAUAGGUUACCAUUGAAAUAAUAUUUUGGAUAUAUUAGGUUAAAUAAAGUGACCUAUAAAGUU